GGUGGCAAGAAUUGAAGACAAUGGGAGAUAAGCAAUCAAUUAAUUAUGGUAACAUAAACAAGCAAUUCAAAUAAUUAUAAAAUAACAAAAGCAUAAAAAUUAAACUCUGCAGAGUAGCAUUUGAACUUGGGAUUUACAUAUAAGUAAAAGUAUACUAUUUUAAAGUGUGUGUGGACUCCAAAGUAUCCUCACCCCCCUCACAUAGAGGGUCUUCUGUCAACUACGUUCAGUUCUCAAAAUUUAAAGUUACGGUAGCAACCUCUGCUCGAAAUAUGAAAACAGUAAAAGUUCGGCUCAAUGCAAAGCCGAAAAGAGCAAGAGUCAGGUUUUCUACCCACCCUGUCCUAAGGUCCUGUAAGCGCCUAAAGGAGGAAAGGGUUGCUGAGAUUGAGAUGGCGGUGUGGGUGGGGAGUCCGGCGUCUUUAAGCUGUUUGUCUUUUUAGCUUUUUUAGCUCUGGUUAUGAAGCUGGGUCACAGACCGUCACACUACCCUUAGCUGGAGAACGUAAGAAGCCGCAGAUGGUGCCUUCCCAGCCCUCUCUGUGCGACCCCCACAGGGUCUGAGUCGCGCCGGCACCCAGCCUCCCCGAUGUCGUCCCCGGGUCCUGUCCCAGUGGGUCGAGCCCGCCCCCGGCUGGCCAAGGUGUCCCGGCAGCUCCUUGGCGCCCCCUGGCCCGGCUCUGGCGCCCGAGGUUUCCGGUGAGCAGCAUUAGCCGGUUAUGACGACUCCCUCCUCCCGAGCCGCAGCCGUCUCCUCCGCCUCCCCGGCUCUCCCGCUCCAGGUGGGAUCGCUCGCGCACUCCACGCCACGGGGCGCGAGGCGGGCGUCGGAAGCGGACCCCGGCAGCGGCGCGCCGAGUUCCCGGGAGCCCUCGGCCUCCCGGCCAGCGCUGCGUGGACCCGGUUUCUCAGGCCGGGACCGAGCCACUCCUGGCGCCCCUCCCGGACGCGCCGGGGACUCGUGAGGCCGCGGUGCAGGGUGGCGGGUGGCUCCGGAGAUCUCUGCGUCCGGAAGCAGUCCCGGGCGGCGCCUGGGCUCCCCAACCCCCGCGCGGCGUGUUAGCUGCGUCCAGGCGCUGGCCGGCUGACCCCGCCCCGCUGUGCGGUGACUGUUAGCGCAGAGACCUCCACCGCGGCGUCUCAGGCAGCCCUUCCCAAGCCCUGCCUCCUGCCCGCCUAGACACUUGAUGGCACCAGGGGCGCCAGCCGGUUAGGAGUCAUUCUGACUCUGAUGUGUUGAUCUUUUUUUUUCAUUUGUCCCCUGCCUUCUUCAAACUUUUCCAAGCGCUGUCACAGAAGACCAUCUUGUCAUCCCCAGAUGUCCGCUCUCAACCUAAUUUUAAAAGAACUAAUUUAUUUUCGUAUAAAUUUAUGGGGUACAAAUGUAAUUUUGUUACAGUGAUUUAUUGCUUAGUGGCGGGAUCAGGACUUUUAUAUAUGUAUCACUGGAGUAAUAUACACUUCAUCAUCUUUCAGAAUGUACUUUUUUCCUCCCUUACUUUUAAGCCUGUGGAAAUCUAUUAAGGGUACAAGAGCGGAAUGAGCCCAGCUGCUUUGUGCUGAAGGAAAAAGUAGCAUCGCUGGAAAGCCUUCCCUGAGCUGGAGAAAGGCAUCAUCCACCCAUCCCUGCCGGCCUCGGAGGGGAUCAAACACUGGGGGGCUCCUGCCCGGCUCCGAGGUUGUGCUUUUCACACCCCAGCAGCUGCCCUCAUCCACCUUAUGCAAGUGGGUUUUAAGAGGCCUGAAACAUCACAGAAGCUUCUGGGUGGCUCUGAGGAUUAAAGAGGUUUGGAGGUUGCUAUGUUAAUACUGCUUGUCUUUGGAGUAUUGCUUCAUAAAGUCCCACUGAGUGGCCAAGAUCAGACUCCUCCUGAGACUGGAGAACCUCUGUAUAACUAUGCCAGCAUCCACUUGCCAGAGGAGCACAUUCCCUUCUUUUUGUACAAUAAUAGGUAUAUUGCCACCAUCUGUAAGAAAGACUCACAGUGUCCAUAUAAGAGUGACUCAAGCCUGGUGUGUUCCCGUUAUCUCCAGUAUUGCCGAGCAACCAAUCUCUACCUUGAUUUAAGAAACAUCAAGAGAAAUCAUGACAGGUUUAAGGAAGACUUUUUCCAGAGUGGUGAAAUUGGAGGGCACUGUAGACUUGAUACUCAUACGUUAAUGUCUGAAGGUCAACGCAAAAGCCCUCUGCAGUCAUGGUUUGCUGAACUAAGAAGUUAUACUCCGCUCAACUUCAGACCUAUAGAAGAUGCUAAAUGUGACCUUGUUAUUGAAAAACCAACAUAUUUCAUGAAAUUAGAUGCAGGUGUUAACAUGUAUCACCACUUCUGCGAUUUCAUCAAUCUUUAUAUCACCCAGCAUGUGAACAACUCAUUCAGCACAGAUGUGCGCAUUGUGAUGUGGGACACCAGUUCUUAUGGAUAUGGUGACCUAUUCUCCGACACCUGGAAAGCAUUUACUGAUUAUGAUGUUAUACAUUUGAAAACAUACGAUUCCAAAAGGGUAUGUUUCAGAGAAGCUAUUUUUUCAUUGCUCCCCCGCAUGAGGUACGGGCUGUUCUAUAACACUCCUCUGAUAUCUGGCUGUCAGAAGACUGGAUUAUUCAGGGCAUUUUCCCAGCAUGUACUACACAGACUGAACAUCACACAGGAGGGACCCAAGGAUGGAAAAAUUCGAGUCACCAUCCUUGCACGGAGCACAGAAUACCGGAAAAUCCUAAACCAAAAUGAGCUUGUAAAUGCACUGAAAACAGUAUCUAUGUUUGAAGUCCAGAUUGUUGAUUACAAGUAUAAAGAACUUGGCUUUUUAGAUCAACUAAGGAUCACACACAACACAGACAUAUUUAUUGGAAUGCAUGGAGCUGGUCUUACCCACUUACUUUUCCUUCCAGACUGGGCUGCUGUAUUUGAACUGUACAACUGUGAAGAUGAACGCUGUUACCUGGACUUGGCCAGGCUGCGAGGCAUCUACUACACCACUUGGCGAAGGAAGAACAAAGUCUUCCCUCAGGAUAAGGGUCACCAUCCAACUCUGGGGGAGCACCCGAAGUUUACCAACUACUCUUUUGAUGUAGAAGAAUUUAUGUACCUUGUCCUUCAGGCUGCAGACCACGUAUUACAACACCCAAAGUGGCCAUUUAAGAAGGAACACGAUGAGCUAUAAAUGUGUUGAGUCUGUUUGCAAAAAUAGAGUGUUUAAACAUGAUUAAACAGUAAAUCAGUAAAACAACCCGUUAUUUCCUAGCCCCAAAUGACCUUUUCUAUACCAAAACAUACCUUCAAUAUACUGUUCUGUGUUUUAUUGUAUUUAAGUAUUUUAUGUGAUUUUUACAUUAUUGCUUUUGACAAAUAGCAACAAUAAGUUUGCACUGAAAGCUUUACUUUUUAUAGUUCAAAAAUUUGGCAUAGGCUAACUGAUGUAAUUAAGCUUUCUUUUUAGGACUGCCAAAAUUUUUAACUUUUCUCAACUUUCAAUUGUGUAAAUGUUUCUGCAGUAUAUUAUGUGAUUGUAAUUCCAGAAUGUUCCAACUUGUUUAUGAUAUACUUAGGUAAACUUACAACUGUUUUUUAUUUGCCACAGGGUGUUUAUAACACUUCUUACAGUAGGAAAGGAAAACGGGCACAGCAUACAUAGAGUUGUGAUGCUCAGUACCAAGCACAGGAACAUGUUAUGUCAGAGUUUAGUCAGUUCCAGGUUUUAUGCAUCAAGAACUGGGAGAACUCGUUCCACUGUAUUAAUUUAUAUUCAUAUAUUUCAUAUUCAAAUCAUGUUUUCCCAAAAUAUAACAACUACAUAUGAUAAAAGCAAAUCAGAAAAUGCGUUAGAACUGCUUUGCAUAUUCUAGCUGGUUUCCCCUGAAUCCCUUCUUAGUCGUGGAGCACAUGUUGAAUUUCUAUACGAAACAGUGGUUUGCACCAUGUAUCUGCAUGUACCUAUGUGUGUGCCCCUACCUCUUUCAGCAUUAAAGUAUUCUAGUUUUUGAUUUCACAGACUUAGAAUUAGCCUCAUGAAGAGAAUUUUUCUCCCUAAUACAGUAAGACAAAAAAAUUCUAAAAAGACAUGAAUUAUCCAACCAAAAAUUUAAAAAGCUAUAUAUGAAAACACCAUUGAUUAAAAACAGUAUUUAGCAUUUCUGUUAUUCAUUCCUUACUGUUCAAUUUAAGCAGUCAGAAAUGAUUUAUUUUAUUGGAUUGUUUUACUGGAUUUAUUUUACUGCAGAAUGUGAAGUUUACAUUUUAUUAACACUUGAGUAGUCUAAUUUAGAGACUAGUUCGAUUUUUUUUUUUUUUUGUAGAGACAGAGUCUCACUGUACUGCCCUCAGUAGAGUGCCGUGGUGUCACAUGGCUCACAGCAACCUCCAGCUCUUGGGCUUAUGUGAUUCUCUUGCCUCAGCCUCCCGAGCAGCUGGGACUUCAGGCGACCGCCACAACACCCGGCUAGAGUUCAAUUUUUUUUAAAGGAAGGAGUUAUCAAAUUACAGAAAAGCUAAAGAAUGUUUUGUUUCUUUUGACAUUUUUAAUGUUGUAAAAAAUGGAGAAGUGGGGCGGCACCUGUGGCUCACUCGGUAAGGUGCCAGCCCCAUAUACCGAGGGUGGCGGGUUCAAACCUGGCCCCGGCAGAACCGCAACCCAAAAAAUAGCCGGGUGUUGUGGCGGGCGCCUGUAGUCCCAGCUGCUUGGGAGGCUGAGGCAAGAGAAUUGCUUCAGCCCAGGAGCUGGAGGUUGCGGUGAGCUGUGUGAGGCCACGGCACUCUACCCAGGGCCAUAAAGUGAAACUCUGUCUUUACAAAAAAAAAAAAAAAUGGAGAAGUGACUGGCAAAACAACACAUUUAUAUAUGGACUCUUAAGGAAAAGUUUUUUGACUUCAGCUUUAAAGGAUUAUGAACAGUCUGCUAGAAUUUAGGAAUAUUGACUAUUGAAUAUUGAAUAUUAGCUAUAAAGCAAAAAGUGAAUCACUGUGGCAAUAGCUUUGAUUUGGCUCUUAAAAUUAUAUAAAAAGAAUUACAACAUACUUUGAAUUUUUUAAUGACAGGUAUAGUUACUAUUCUUUGCACAAAAUGCUGAGUAAACACUGGGAAAAUAUUUUACAUGAAAGGAAUUAUAAAGGCUAUGUUGCACUUUGAGUCAGCAAAGUAUAAACAUCUGGAAAAAAUGCAAAAAUGUUUCAACAUGUAUCCUCUUACCUCAUUUUAAGGAGUAUGUGGAAAUGUGAUUGUGUAGAUUAGUGAGGCUUUCAGAAAUUGAGAACAAUUCAUAAUAAAAUGGUUAUAUUUGAAUAUUUUGCAUUUAAAAAGAGAAUAUAUUUUAUAUAAACAAAACAGUAUGUUUGACAUUUUAAUUAUGGAAUUCAGUUUUAUCAGGUUUUUUGUCAGAGUAAAAGAAUGUUUUCAAAUUAUUAUAAAGUUUAAAAUACAAGACUGCUCUUUUUAUUAAGUCUUUAAAAGGAAUGCAUUUCAUUGUACAUUUUGGGUAUGGCUUUGGAAUAAAUCUUUAUAUUUCAUUUGAGUAUCAA